UGACGGUGUUUCUUUCAAAGUGCAGCCGGGAUCGUCAUGGAGCGCGCGGCUUCCUUGGAAAAGACGGUGGCCGCAAAGGCCACGAACUUGCCCUGGGUAGAAAAAUACCGACCUCAGACGUUGGGCGAUCUGAUUUCUCAUCAGGAUAUUCUGAGUACCAUUCAGAAGUUCAUCAGUGAAGACCGAUUGCCUCAUCUUCUCCUUUAUGGGCCUCCAGGGACAGGCAAGACCUCCACCAUUUUGGCCUGCGCGAAACAACUUUACAAAGACAAAGAGUUUGGAUCGAUGGUUUUGGAAUUGAAUGCUUCAGACGACCGGGGCAUUGAUAUUGUCAGAGGGCCUAUCCUGAACUUUGCCAGCACAAGGACCAUAUUUAAGAAAGGCUUUAAGCUGGUGAUUUUGGAUGAAGCCGAUGCGAUGACGCAGGAUGCCCAGAAUGCCCUCCGGCGUGUGAUUGAAAAAUUCACGGAGAACGCCCGAUUUUGCCUGAUCUGCAAUUACCUCUCCAAGAUCAUCCCGGCUUUGCAAUCCAGGUGCACCAGAUUUCGCUUCGGGCCCCUGACGCCGGAACUUAUGGUUCCCCGCCUGCAGCGUGUUAUAGAGCAGGAAAAAGUUGACGUAAGCGACGAUGGAAUGAAGGGCCUGGUUACACUGUCUAAUGGUGAUAUGCGCAGGGCUCUGAACAUCUUACAGAGCACUAACAUGGCCUUUGGGAAGGUGACAGAAGAGACGGUCUACACUUGCACAGGGCAGCCGCUCAAGUCUGACAUCGCCAACAUCUUGGAUUGGAUGCUGAACCAGGAUUUCACCACCGCCUAUCGCAAUAUCAUGGAACUGAAAACACUGAAAGGCCUCGCUCUUCAUGACAUCCUGACGGAGAUCCACUUGUUCGUCCAUCGAGUUGACUUUCCGUCAUCUGUGCGAAUCCAACUCCUGAUCAAGAUGGCAGAUGUUGAGCAUCGUCUGGCUGCAGGAACAAGCGAGAAGAUUCAGCUGGGAUCCCUGGUCGCUGCCUUCCAAGUCACCAGAGAUCUGAUUGUAGCGGAGGCCUAGGCCCAAGACAGUCUCUCCAGCAGCUGAUCGAUUGCCUUUCUUUGCCAAAAGAGGACUAGAUUCUUAUUUGAUUCUUCAGUACUCAUCUCGUAUUGUGUUCAGGAUGGCUCACUGAGGCUAGAGACUGUGGUGGCAAUUCAAUCCAGCAAACAUUUGCUCACAGGGUUCGGUUCAUGUCCUGUUUCACAAGGCCCUUCACUCUCUGGGUUUGGACCAGCUUCCAUCUGUUAGCAGCACUACUGUCCUACCAGUUUCACAAUUGGGUAAAGGCUUUCGGGGCAUCGACACAAGACAAACUGCACUCUUGGCAGAAGACAAAAUCUGUGUGUGUGCACUUGCUUCCUUGAUAGCACCAAGAGACGCCUUGGCUAAGUUUCUGGACUUCUAGCUACUGAAUCCCUCUAAGAAGCAGUAGUUGUAGUGGCCCCUGUUAAAGCUCAGAUGAUGGAAAGGCAGUGAUUGACUUCUUUUAAUCGGGUACUCCCUAGGUCUGAGGUCCACAAAAUAAGGCAGCACAGCAGACUGCACUGCUUUAGGCAGCAGGGCAGGGAAUUAUACUGUGCAAGGUUUCCCAAUAUUAGUAAAUCUCUGGAAGUGCAUAACUAGCACUAUAGGAGAAUGGCAAAGCUAGAACCUCUUGGUUCCAUCUGCUUGCAGGGAGAUGGUAAGCAAACAUUAAAAGUGCGAUGCUUCUCGCUUGAAAUAAUGCUGCCUAUUCCCUCCUGUUGUGCUGCACAUUGAGAGCAGGCUUAAGUUUUCUGCUAUUGAGGAGCAACUUGGGUUGAUUCUCUUGGAGGAAUCUAGAAGGGAGUCAUUGGAUUGAGUCCACUAAGAUUAUAUGCACUAAUAAGUGGCUUUAUUACUUAUUUUUGAAACAGAAGUUAUAAGGGUAAUCCUUUGGGGUAGAGGUGGAAAACACAGAGACCCCUUUGCUCUUGCAGAUAAACGAAGCCUGUUCUAUCAGUAGCUGGUAGGCAGAUAGAAUAAACUGGUCAAUUGCAUGUGAAGAUUUAAAGGGAGAAGCCAGAAUUUUAUAUUUCUUUCCUUUAUAUAGAAAUCCUAAUCCUCACAGCUACAAACUCUCCCUUCCUCCUGAUGGUGGACCUUGUCACCCUGUUGCAGUUGUCAGGGCAAAAGCACAGAAAGGCCACCUCAGCUGAGAUUACUGCUGUUUAUUGCUAAGGUAGCUUGUUCAGUUACCCUACGAUGUUGGAGAGUUAACGGGCCACAGUGAUUUCUGGAGAUAUGAGCAAGCACUAGACUGCUAAGCAAAACUGUUGCAGAGUAAAAGUGUUCUAUAAUUAUCUCAUUUGUUCUUUGACCUCGGCCUGGUGCUUACUGCUUUCGGAGAAAUAUUUCAUGGGAAAAAAGCUCUGAGCGCAUCCUGCCUGUAUUUUCUGCCACCCAUUUCUUUUUCACAGAUUGCUUAUACGACAGCAGGGCUGUGAGUAAGCCCAGCCACCCCACCUCUUUGUUCAUAUUAUGCACCCCAGUGUCCUCUAACC